AUGGAACAAAAUCUACCAGUUUUAGCAAAGAAAGUAUGGAGCUUAGUUCGAGUCGUGUACUUCAUGCUACGUAAAGGCAUAUCCAAGAAGAAGUUACUGCUCGACCUCAACAGGAUGAUGAAGUGUGGUAAGAUCGCCGGAAAAGCCUUGCAUAAUCUCAUGUUCCACAACCACCACCACCACUGGCCGGCGCCUUCCACCACCAACCGCCCUUCAAGUCACCUCUCCAGCCCUUCUCUUCCAUCUGGUGAAUACGAGUUCAGCUGCUGUAACAGCCCUUCUGCGGAGGGUCUUGACAUGAUGGCUUUCAAUGCGGCGGUGCUUAAGGCCGUGGAGAUGAUUCACAGUGAGACGGCAUCGCCGGCUCUUCCAGGGUUUGGGAGGAGUCCGAUGGUGAGGCAACUUAGAGUAACCGACUCUCCCUUUCCUUUGAGUAGCGUGCAUGAUGACAACCAGGUUGAUGAGGCGGCGGAGCAGUUCAUAAGUAGGUUUUACAACGACCUACGGCGGCAAAACACCAAGGCGUCUUUUGGUUCAUCAUUUAAUUAA